AUAAACCAAACACACCUAAACCAAGUCCAAGAUGGAGUUAAGACUGGGAUUUAGGAUCACCUUGCUCUUAGUCAUCCUGGCCUUGACUCUUUCCGGCGAGGGAGUGGAAGCUCAGAGAGCAGGAUGUAAAAAUGUCCACUAUGACUUAGCAUUUAUCCUGGAUACAUCUUCCAGUGUUGGAAAGGAGAAUUUUGAGAAAAUCAGGCAGUGGGUGGCCAACAUUGUCGAGUCGUUCGAUGUGGCACCAGACAAGACAAGAGUAGCCGUGGUUCGCUACAGUGACAGACCCACCAUCGAGUUCACCCUGGGUAGACACAGGACCCUGGAGGAAGUGAAACGAGCUGCCAGCAACAUACGCUACCUGGGGGGGAAUACAAUGACUGGGGAUGCUAUCAGCUACACCACCGCCAACAUCUUCACGGAGCGGAGCGGAGCCAGGCCCACAGCCAGAGGCAUUCAGAGGGUGGCCAUCCUUCUCACAGAUGGCCGAAGCCAGGAUUAUGUUCUGGAGCCCUCUAAGGCCGCUGCCAAAGCUGGCAUCAGGAUGUUUGCUGUGGGCAUCGGGGAGGCGCUGAAGGUGGAGCUGGAGGAGAUCGCGGCCGAGCCAAAGAAUGCCCACGUCUUCCAUGUGACGGACUUCAAUGCCAUUGACAAGAUCAGAGGAAGGCUGAGGAGGAGGCUGUGCGAGAAUGUCUUGUGUCCAAACAUGAAGGUUCAACCUGAUCGGUUUAAGCCCAACAGCACCAGUUAUGGUCUUGAAGAGGUUCCAGGGUUCGACCUGAUGGAGUAUUUCAACGUGAAAAAUAUUCUGGGAACCAGCAGUGAUGAAGGCCAAAGUUCUUACGUUCGCCUUGGCACCAUGCCCAUUGUACAGCAAACAGAGGAUGUGUUUCCUCAAGGGUUGCCAGAUGAAUACGCUUUUGUGACGACUUUUAAAUUCAGGAAAACCUCAAGACGUGAAGAUUGGUACCUCUGGCAGGUUUUUGACAAAUAUGGAAUCCCACAGGUGUCCAUCCGUCUGGACGGUGAGAACAAGGGGGUGGAGUACAACGCUGUCGGCCUGACAAAAGACGCUGUCAGAGCCGUGUUCAAGAACCCUGACGUUGACAACCUGUUUGACCGCAACUGGCACAAGAUUGCCCUCCGCGUGGAGGCCAAGUCCGUGUCUCUGUACCUGGACUGCAAACACAUCCAGACUCUGCCCAUCGAAGACAGGGAGGACAUCGAUAUCCAGGGGAAGACAGUGAUUGGGAAGAGGCUGUAUGACAGUGUGCCAAUUGAUUUUGACCUCCAAAGGAUGAUGAUUUACUGUGAUUCCAAGCAUGCAGAGCUGGAAACUUGUUGUGAUAUUCCCAACGGACCUUGCCCUAAGAAAGUUGUUACGGAGGCCCCCCCUGUGGAAAUCCCCACUCCAACAACUUCUACUGUGGAGCAACAAAGAGGCCCUCAAGUGAACUGUUCCUGCCGUGCAGGAGAUAAGGGUGAUACAGGCAGGAUAGGGUUGACAGGUGCUCCUGGACAAAAAGGAGAGAAGGGACUUGGUGGUGUGCCAGGAAUCGAUGGCUUAUCUGGAGACAAAGGAGACAAAGGCGCAGCUGGACUUGCUGGUGAUCUAGGGCUUCAGGGUCCAGCUGGACCAAAGGGAAUUCAAGGGGAUGAAGGAACUGCUGGCUCCCCAGGACCAAAAGGUGUCAAUGGUGAAUCAGGUGUAAAAGGUGAAAAGGGGACUACGGGAUCCAAGGGUGAAUCAGGUAUCGAUGGAUUUCCUGGCAAACCUGGUGUUCCUGGGAAGGAUGGUUUGAGAGGACUAGUUGGUGCAUCGGGGCCUAGCGGACUUAAAGGCAUUAAGGGGGAGAGAGGCCUUCCCGGAUUACCUGGGGAUGUGUUUCAAAAAGAAGGCUUACGGGGUAACAAGGGAGAUGCUGGGCCUCCUGGACCUCCAGGUGCCGAGGGCCCCCAGGGGCCUCAAGGUCCUCCGGGUCUACAGGGACUACCUGGGGAACCUGGAGAGUUCGGCCAGCGGGGAAAGAAAGGUGAAAGUGGAUUGCCUGGAGUGGAUGGCCUUCCUGGAACCGCUGGUCCUCCGGGUCAAUCUGGGCCACCAGGAAACCAAGGACACACUGGACCUCCUGGUCUCCCUGGUGAAAUUGGAUUUUCAGGCAAACAUGGAGAGCCUGGAAAGCCUGGUCUUCCUGGUAAAGAUGGUCUGGACGGUCUUCCUGGAAAUGACGGUGCUUUGGGGCCCAGGGGAGAGCGCGGAGCAGAUGGUUUUCCCGGCAAGCCCGGACCUAAGAGUGACGAUGGGCCUCCCGGACCGAGAGGACCUCCAGGGGAGAGAGGAGUAGCUGGCUCCCCUGGUCAAUCAGGUGAUAAUGGAGUUAGAGGAGACAGAGGAGUUCCGGGAGAAAGAGGACAGGAUGGACCACUUGGACCAAAAGGUGAUAGGGGAGACAAGGGUGAAGUUGGAGCGAGGGGGAUACCUGGCAUUCCAGGAAAUGUGGCAAAUGUCAUCCCUGAGCCUGGUGAACCUGGAAUACCUGGAGAGAAGGGAGAGAAGGGGGAUCAAGGGAACCCCGGUGAUAUUGGUCAAAGAGGGUUACCUGGUGAACAAGGCUUUAAGGGACCACCUGGACUAGCGGGUCCGAAAGGUGACACUGGACUAACGGGAGAGACGGGACGUGUUGGAGACCCUGGUCCACCUGGCAUAGCUGGUCUUCAAGGUCUUCGUGGAUUACCAGGGAAUGUGGGCAUUCCAGGGAUCACUGGGCCUCCCGGUCCAGUCGGACAGAGAGGAGACAAGGGUGAACCAGGUAAACCAGGUCAAUCCGGUCCCUCAGGCCCACCCGGAGAUGCCGGUUUGACCGGACCCCCUGGACCAACAGGAAAGGGAAAAGAUGGGCAAAAUGGAGAUCCUGGACCACAAGGAAUUCAAGGACCCUCAGGGCCAAAGGGCCAGACCGGGUCGCGAGGAGAACCAGGAUUACACGGGGACAGGGGUCCUGCAGGAGAAGGCAAAGUGGGACCACCGGGGCCUCAAGGAAAUAAUGGGGACCCUGGACCUGUGGGCAUCAGGGGCCUACCAGGAGUCGCCGGUCCUCAGGGCCCAGCAGGACAUAAUGGUUUACCAGGAAGGCCGGGAGACAAGGGAUCACAAGGAGAUCCAGGAAAGGCAGCAGACCUCUCUGACCUUGAUCUGAAGGAUGUUUGCUCAGACUGCCCUGCUGGUCCACCUGGACAACCCGGUCUCCCAGGAGUCCCAGGGGACAAAGGACAACAGGGACUUCUGGGGAAAAACGGUCAAGAUGGUUACCAAGGCCCGCCGGGAACAGCCGGAGCUCAAGGGCCCCGAGCCGACGGAGGAAAGGGAAUUAAGGGUGAUCGAGGACCUCCAGGAGGCCCUGGAGAAAAAGGAGACAAGGGUCACCCAGGACCCCCUGGUCAUCCAGGCACCUCUGGCUUAAUGGGCACACCUGGUAACGAUGGACAGCCUGGCUCCGUCGGCCCCCCGGGGUCCCCUGGAGAAAAGGGAAAAGAGGGUCUCAAAGGUAUCCAGGGACCACCGGGUCUUCCUGGCAUGAUCGGUCAGCCUGGGAAAAUGGGAAAAGAUGGCAGACCGGGUGAACAAGGAGAGUCUGGCAAACAAGGCGAGCCUGGACCACUAGGAAACCCGGGGCUCAGGGGACUCCCGGGCUUUAAGGGCCACAGAGGAGAAUCUGGUGUUCCAGGAUCUAAGGGAGAAGAUGGAAAGCCCGGAUUACCUGGGCGUGAUGGCAAACCUGGGAAGGAGGGCUCUAUGGGACCUCCAGGCAGAGAAGGGCUUAGUGGACCAAGAGGAGAGUCGGGCAAGCAGGGUGAACCUGGGCCAUCAGGAAAAGCAGGGCUCCCUGGAAGUCCAGGUCUUAGAGGAGACAAGGGAGAGGCCGGCAACCCAGGAUUACCAGGCUUUAGUGGGCCUAAAGGACCUGGGGGUCCACCUGGUCCAGUUGGCCCAGAGGGUAAACAGGGGAUGCCAGGCAGAGUUGGUGAUCGUGGCCUCAAAGGAGAUAAGGGAGAUUCAGGUGGAAAGGGAGAUAAAGGACAAUCAGGAGAUCCAGGUAUGCCUGGAAACCCUGGACCCCCUGGCAGAAAGGGCCACACAGGGAUGAUGGGCAUGUCUGGACCACCAGGAGAAAUGGGAGCUCCGGGUGCACAAGGAAGUUCAGGAAACCCUGGUAUUCCAGGCCAAAGAGGAGAGUCAGUGUCACUGGAGCAGAUGAGACGGCUCAUCCAGGAGGAGCUGGCGAAACAAUUAGAUGCCAAAAUGGCUUACCUCAUGGCUCAGAUCCAGCCAGCCCAUGUGAAGAGUACAGCUGGCCGUCCAGGACCUCCAGGCCCUUCAGGUAAGGACGGCAAUUCAGGACGACCAGGACCCCCUGGAGAGCCCGGUAUGCCUGGACAAAAUGGCGGAGAAGGAGCCAGGGGACCCAUGGGCCCUAAAGGUGACAAAGGAGGAAGAGGAGAAAAGGGAGAAACUGGUGUCGGCGACAGAGGAGAGCAAGGACCCAGUGGCCCGAUAGGUCCAGCGGGUAUGCCUGGUUAUGGUAAAGACGGAGGCCCAGGCCAGGCUGGAGCCCAGGGAGAGCCAGGAAACCCCGGCCCCCACGGUCAACCCGGACCUCCAGGUCCUACCGGCCAAUGUGACCCCACCCAGUGUGCCUACUACGCCAGCCUGGCUCACAGACCCCACACCAAAAACGUCAAGGGGACUUAAGAAAGA